AGCCUACAAUUCUUAAUCAUAGCAUCACAUAAGGCAUAUUUGAAGUCUGCAGCAGACAUAGUUUCUAACGUCAAAGUGGAACAAAUUUUAGACAAAAAUAUCUUUGCGAGCGUUCAUAGUGUUCAGCACCGCGAUUAAAAACUGAAGUUGCAUGCUGCAUGAAUUUAUGGUGGGGAAAUUGCCAUCCUUGCACCAAUAAUUUAACAGCUGCAGCCUCACAUUAACUUCUUCAUUUAUCAAAAAGCUAUGUGAGAAACAGUUAUUAUGGUUAAUUUAAUCUUAAUUCAUCAUUUUGUGUUUAGGCAGAAGUCGUUAUGAAUGACACAUUAAUGAAGCAAAGCUCUGCCGAGAGGGAAGACAACAUCAAGCUCGUUAAUCUACCUCACAGCUGGACUAUUCUCAUUAUGAUCAUUAUGUCCCUGGCUCUUGUUUUAACAAUCGUUGGAAAUGUUGCUGUUAUGAUUGUCCUUCGUUACUCAAGCGCUCUCAACUCCAUCGUUAACUCCUACUUUUUAGUGUCUCUGUCAAUUGCAGAUCUUCUUGUGGCCAUUCUUGUAAUGCCGUGCGCUUUAGACGCUGUAAACAGCGGUUGGUGGAGAUGUGGAAGAAUAUGGGGCAUUUGUAACGGGUUUGGAAACUUUCUUUUUUGCAUCUCAUCGAUCAUGCACCUAAUGAUGCUUUCGAUUGACCGAUACCUCGCAAUCGCUCGUCCACUGUUGUAUCCACUUGAAAUGACAAAGUCGCGCGCCAUUUGGUUGUGUUUUGUACUGUGGAUAUACUCUGCCGUUUGGGCUUUCUUGCCCUUAUUUGGGGUGAGCUCCUACGAGUGUUUCAUUAACUACAUUGGCGCAUGUAAGCCAGAGGACUGGUCCAAGUAUGGGUUAAACUUUGCUUUUGCAAUUUCCGUUGUUACAGGAACCUACGGACUAGCUUUAAUAACGAUGGUUUUUGUAUACUGGAAGAUUGCACGGGUAAUCCGAAGUCAACUUCAACGUAUUGAGGUUGUUAGAAAUAACAACAAAAAGCAGACAGUUUAUAACAAAGAGGAUAAUACGACUGGGAAAUUUAAAAGAAGUAAAGGAGUGGUUACUUUAAUGAUAGUAACUUUAGUGUACCUCAUAUGCUGGUCACCAUUUUGUAUCUUGCUCUUCGUUGAGAUUGGAACUGGUCGAAAGGUCCAAGGACCGUAUGGCGCCGUAGCAAUGCUCGUUGGAUUUACGAACAGUUGCUGUAACCCUAUCAUCUAUUCCAUAAAAUACCGGAGAUUUAGGAGGGCUGUGUUAAGCAUGAUUGGCAAGACUGACUUCGUAUUGAAAUUUUCAGCUACUAAUAACGCUGGAAUGUCUUCCAUGGUUCAAGAGUAUACUGUCAAGAGAGUUCAAACCUUAGGAAGAAGAGAAUCAAGCGUUUAAAAAGUUAUAAAAGAGCAAGUUCAAGAUCAUUUUAAGAGCUCGACAUUCGAUAUUCAUGAAUUUUCAACGAUUAUUUUCUAAAUGUGACCCUCCACGGGAUUCCAGGGAAUAAGGUGAACGCACUCUCACGACAAAGAACGAGCUUUUAACACGUUAGCUGCGUUUUAUUUACUUGCCUCAUUAACUUCGCAGUCAUUGUCUUGUUUCGCACGGUAGGAACAAAGGAACGUGUUAAGAUCCUGCUCGCAACUUUGCCCGAUAUAACACGAUGACCGUGCCAAUUUAAUAACCCGCCUCUUAAAGUUGAAUUUGCUUUUUAAUGAGUAAAUAAAUACAACAUAGAGGGGCUGUGUAACAGACUCGACGUUGUUUUCAUGCUACCUAUUGCUCAAAUAUUGACACAAAUAACUCAGAGAAGGCAAUUCCACUACAAGCAAUGAUUUUCAUGACUGACACUCUCCUAAACAAUAUUUUCUUAUCAUUGAAUAGAAACUAUUAAACGCACACGAUUUAGACAAACUAAUGACUGUUUCAUUAUUGCAGGUUUCACUCAAUUACCGUUCUCGUAAAAUAUUGCUGUUUUACUCGAGAGUGAUCGAACAGCAAACCUUGGCGUAAUUCAUGAUAUAUCCCCCUUUCAAAUUUGUCAAUGAUAGUAACGAACAUUUUGGACCACAGCCCCAAGCCUAGAACAUGAGGUGACCGUGAACAUGACUCCUGCUUAUGGCCUGAAGUUUGUGUUACGAAGACGCCAUUGAAAAUGGUUUGUAAAGGAACUCAACAGUUUUUUCGAAUGCACUACUUUGUGAAAAUACUGAAUUACAAUGAACCUUGCUGCAUCGUUGUUUCUAUGGCAUAUGGAUCGCGUUUUAGUCCGUUUAGGAACACUGUUUGGAGUGUCUUAAUAGGCCAAUAGUACACUAUACAGUUCUCUUUGGCCCAGUAGGGUACUGAAGUGCAAAGUUCGGUUCCUUGUGGGAACUCAGAUAAAUUCUUCGUCCCACGCUAAUGACAAGACCAAAAAACAUUUUUAUUCAGCCGCAUUUUUGUUUAAAACUUAAAUCCAGGUACUGUUAAAAUUUCCAAUAGUUUAAAUCAAGAGGAAAUUGUUCAAUAUUAAUCAUCAAUCGCCGAAGGCCACAGAAUCUAACUGCCAACUGUCAAAACUGGAAAAAAAAAAUUAAUUGCAAUCCGUUAAAGCUAUCAUCCCAUUGAGUCCCUAAGUUUGGUUUUCCUCAGCUAAAAGUGCGAUAAGAUAAGACGUUCAAGUAGUGAUUUAUAUUGUAAUCGUUGUUGCUUAUAGGGGAAAGAAAUCCCUUAGAAAAUUACGUCCGGCCUCAAUCCUUCAUGAACUCUAUAGUGAGAUGAUGCAGUUCCUUAUCGAUUCGCUCGGGACUCAGUACACAACUCUGUCACUUAAAGGGUUUUGCUACUACCUGAAACUGAAAUAGUCUUGUAAACCAUCUGAAUUGAAUAUUAGAUAGCGAAAAUAGGCCUGAAAUGGCUAGAAAAGGUCUUGGAAAGCCUAGAAACACAUUUCAUUCCUCAAGGAGGCCUUAAGUUCGCAAAACUGAUCAAGAAUACUUACAGUUAAAAAUGCACAGUGCGUUACUAGUUAUCUGAAUAACAAAUACUAGUUCUAAAUAUAACUUCAAACUUAACGCCUGUGGAAAGUCACUAUCUUACAAGCGUGUUUUAAGUGUCACGCAGGAAAUAAGAUAUUCGAAUGCAUGCUCAAAAAAGCUUUUGGACUAUCAGUCUAAACAGUGAACUUUAUUUUAUUCUCAUAACUUUCUCCUUUAAAUUAGAACUGGUAUUAAUUAAUAGAGUUAUCAAUAUAUUUUUAACCGGCAAUCGUUAUCAAGGAAAUAAGGAUAGAUCUCCCUCUUUUCGGAACUUUAGACAGGCUCGAAAUGCAUUGUUGGUUCUGUUGAUUAGUGUUGAUUUUUGAUCGGCUUGCAGUACGAUGGAAAUUAAUUUUCUAGUUGAGGUACAUCGCCGUAUAAUCCAGGUUAAUCCUGUCCGUUCAGACCCAUUUCUCUCUAUUCACUUUUUUUUUCACUUUUGUUUCGUUUUAUUGUUUUGUUUAGUUUUUCUGCUUGGUUUCAUUGUGUUGAGUUUGUCUAUUUCGAGUUUUUCAACCUGUAUAAAGUAAUGUAAAUUUUGUCUACGAUCACUGCCAAAUUCAGAGUAGUUUUUCAAGUUUGUCUUCAGAACCACUGUAUAAAUAUUCAAUUUGGUUUAGGCUCGUCAACAUGCAAUUAAGCAAGCUAGAGACUUGUCCGUCAUUCAUCGGUUUAAAUUGUCUCAAACUCAGUUAAGGUUACGCUUUUUAACCGACGAGGGCGCGCUUUGCAUCGAUCCUUUGAUCCAAGUCUGUUUCAAAACAACCAUUUUAUGAAAAAGAGGAUUACUGCCCAUCUUUCUCACCUGUCCUACGAGGUCCUUCGAGGCCGUUUGGCUAAAAUCUAUUCUGGCUUAUUAUUAGCUUUGAAAGACAGCACUACGUUGUAAUAACUCAUUAGCUGGUGGUGUGUUUCAAACAUAUUCCGGUUUAUAAAUGUUAUUACUGGUAGAGGAAGACAGCUCUCCGUUUUAUUAACUAAUUAGCUAGUUAGUUUUUUUUUUUUUUAAUGGCUGUCAUCUUUCAGCCUCUAGCCAAUUAGUAGGUGAGUUUGUGUCGCCCACGUUACUCAAUUAGAUGUAAAUAGGAAGUCGCUCUUGACCGUACCUAUCAAACGAGUUAAAAGCAAAACAUAGCUGUAUUUCACUAUAGCUUAUAAAAUUCCGCGGUUCAACGAUAACAAGUUCAACAUCAUUACUCUGUCCAUAAUAAGAAGAAGGACACCUAGAAAAAAUGAAAACAGCUCGAGACUUCAUGUGGCAGAUAAGACACUCUUAACUCACUGUAACUUCGAGUUGCUCAAUCGUUUUUUAAGGAGAAAUUGGAUUUAAGGAGAAAUUUCAGUUUUUGGUUCCUGCUGUCGAUUUUCACUGUGGCCUUCCUCUCUUAAGGUAAAGUUUUUCUUAAUUUCUUGAAGACAUUUGAAUUUCAUUUCGUUUCGCUUCAGUUCAAAGUUGAAUAAUUGCGUAACGUGCGCUACAGGUUACUGGCAGACCUAAAUAACUGCUAUUGCCGAGGCUGACUUGUAUCGACAAAAAAAAUGUGUAGGAACGUAAAUAUUAUCAAAAAAGUUUCGUAGUUUCGUGAUAAGUGAAACCAGACUAGUCAGCCGGAUUAAAGGGUCCUUAUAUUCCAACUAGAACGGUACAAAGAAUGUAUCUGAAAACAUCUACGCCAUUCAUAUUCAAGCUUGUUUUCAAGAUACCGGAUUUUUUAUGUUCAGUGACAUCGCCAAAUAUCUCAACAGCCUCAAAUCUGCCAUUAGAUUUAUAUCAGUUUUCAGAAGAGUUCGAAGCAGUUUAAAUUUGAGAAAAAUAAUUGUCACUUUCCCUUAGCUCCGUUAAGCACCUGCUUCAAUCAACAUUUGACAUGUUUAAACCAUCUGCUGUAAUGUUUAGUUGGUAUGUAAGUUCACUCGUAUUCUCUCGUUCACUUUUAAGUUUUAUAUAUGAUAGCUGUAGCUGUCCGCUGUCUAUAAAUGUGCAGACAAGAACCGAGAUAAUCAUUUGAGUUUACUUAGUAGUCCAAUAUUUCUCAGGCACUAAGACAGGUUUUUCGUGUUUUUCUCUAUGAUACCUUUAGCUUUCUUGGUUAGACCAUUAUUAAUUAUUUACGAGAUAAUAUUUAAAUUUUCAAUUUUAUUGAACGAUUAGUCACGAUUUCUUAGAGUCGAGGGUAAAAAGGCCGGUAAAAAUGUGGUCAAAAAGUUUUCUCUCAUUCAAUGAUAUAUCGAAGUUUAUCAUCUUAAUCACUGAAUCUAGGGAAAAAAUGUCCGAUAAAUAUUGCAUUUGUAAAUUUUUCAAUUAUUUUCCUGAAAGCCUUUAACUUUUCAAGUUUCCGAGUCAACAUCAUCAUAACUUUUUGAAUCCAGAAAAAACGGCAGAUGAAGAAUUCAGUUUGGUAGAUAAACUUUUCUAAGCUAAUAUGCAAAUGUGGAUAAUAUUUCAAGAUGGUACAAAACGCUGCUAUAAAUAAACUCGUUAAGUAUUGAUUGAAAACGUGAGGAAGUGAAUGAGUAGGUGACAAAAAUUUUCUUCAAAGGACAAUCUUGAGAGUCUUUUCAUUCCGAUCGACCGUACCCCUAAAAUCAGUUAGCUCAGCCAGGACCUUUUAAGGUAGUUCAGAUCAUGGAGCAUGCUGCUGUCUGUGUAGCCGACUAGGCGAAGAUGGUUUAGUGGAACAUUAAGUAAUAUCUAAGGCCUUCGCUUUUAAAACUCGUUUUUCACCAAAAUCAUUGCUUCCCCUUCUCAAAUAACUUUACUCCCGGGAAAGCUGCGCUCCUCUUUUUUCUUUGUUUUUUGCUAGUGCUUCUAAGUAAACCGGUAAAUUACUAAGGAGGACGGCUUCAUUGCUAAAUCUACUCUUGUAAACAGUCUCUAACGACAUUAAUUUUUGAUAUGUUUCAUAACUAGGUUUGUUGUUUUCUAAAAGGAAGGUUGAUGCAACACCAAUAAAAUGACUUAAGUUGUUUCAGAAAAGUACAUUUUUUUUGCGCUAAGGGUCCAUUUCUAUACGCGUUUGGAAAUUAUCAUGGCAUGAUUGGUACAUGGUGAUGUGUUUCGUGAUCUAGUUUGUUGGUUAAAAAUCAAAUGUAUAUUUGCAAAGUCAACAUACUUGACGUGCAUUAAUAGCUUAUGACCAAAAUUAUUUCGAUCUACAUUUUCUUAACAGGAGACGUCAUGAACGGGACAGUAAUGGUAAAAAACUUUACCGAAAGUGAAGACAACGUCAAGCUUGUUAAUCUACCUCACAGCUGGACUAUUCUCAUUAUGAUCAUAAUGAUCUUCGUUCUUGCUUUGACAAUAAUCGGAAAUAUUACUGUCAUGAUUGUAGUUCGUUACUCAAGGGCUCUCAACUCCAUCAUCAACUCUCACUUUUUAUUUUCUCUGUCGAUUGCGGAUCUACUUGUGGCCAUACUUGUAAUGCCGUGCGCUGUGGAUGCUGUUCACAGCGGUUGGUGGAGAUGUGGAAAGAUAUGGGGCGUUUGUAAUGGGUUUUCAACCUUUCUCUUUUGCAUUUCGUCCAUAAUGCACCUGAUGAUGCUUUCCAUUGAUCGAUACCUGGCAGUCGCUCGUCCACUGUUGUAUCCGCUUGAGAUGACAAAGUCGCGCGCCAUUUGCUUGUGUUUUUUCUUGUGGGGAUACUCUGCCGUUUGGGCAUUCCUGCCCUUAUUUGGAGUGAGCUCAUAUGAGUGCUUUGUUACCUAUAUUGGGACAUGUAAGGUAGAAGAUUGGUCCAGGUAUGGAUUAAACUUUGCUUUCGCAAUUUCCGUUGUUUCAGGAACGUAUGGAGUAGCUUUGAUGACGAUGGUAUACGUGUAUUGGAAGAUUGCGCGGGUAAUCCGAAGUCAACUUCAACGCAUUGAGGAUGUUACACCUAGCACCCAAAGGCAGCCGGAAAACAAUAGAGAGUCGAGGAAAUUAAAACGAAAUAAGGGAUUGGCCACAUUGAUAAUAGUAACUUUAGUGUACCUCAUAUGCUGGUCUCCAUUUUGUAUCUUACUCUUCGUUGAGAUCGGAACAGGGCAAAAAGUUGAAGGACCGUAUGGCGCCCUAGCUAUGCUUGUAGGCUUUAUGAACAGUUGCUGUAAUCCUAUCAUCUACUCUAUAAAAUACAGGAGAUUUAGAAGGGCUGUGUUUAGCAUGCUUGGCAAGACUACCUUAGUGAUGAAAUUUUCAAUUAGUAAUGCUGGAAUGGCGUCCAUGGCACUGGAGAACAACGCCAGGCGAGUUGAAACCAUAAGAGGAAGAGAUUCGAGCUUGUAA